AUGAAAUUUCGUUUAGCGGAGGAUCCGUUCAUUGUUUUGUCCGAAAGGGCUUUUAUACAAAAAUUUAGACUGACAAAAGUUCUUGCAUUAAAUUUAAUUAAUGAGCUACGCCCAUAUUUAGAACCCCCAUCGAGGAAGUCUGCUCUAAAAGUUAUUGAUGAAAGAAGCGAGUUCCACGUGACACCUGAUGAGUUGCAAGAAAAUGUGCAUAAUUUAUGCAUUCCUGAAAUUGCACCAGAAGAAAAUUGGAUUAUUGAACGUUCGACAGAGUUCAGAGUAACAUCUGUAGUAAAUGUGUUGGAAAAUAAACAAAAGAGUUAUGAAGGUAGUGUACUCAGUGUAAUUCCUGAGGAGUGUGAGGAGUUGCAAGAAGACGUGCUAAGUAUUUGCACUUCUGAAAUUGCACCCGAGGAAAAUUGGAUUAUCGAACGUUCGACAGAGUUCAGAGUAACAUCUGUAGUAAAUGUGUUGGAAAAUAAACAAAAGAGUUAUGAAGGUAGUGUACUUAGUGUAAUUCCUGAGGAGUGUGAGGAGUUGCAAGAUGACUUGCUUAGUAAUUGCACUCCUGACAUUAUACCCGAUCAAAAUUGCACUAGCGAACGUUCGACAGAGUUCGGAGUAGCAUCUAUAGAAAGUGUGUUGGAAAAUAAAGAAGAGAGACAUGAAAUCAGCGAACACAGUGUAAUUACUGAGGAUUGUGAGGAGUUACAUGAAGACGUGCGAAGUAUUUGCACUCCUGACAUUAGACCAGAGGAAAUUUACACAAAUGAUCGCACGGAAACGGGUGAAGAAUCGGCUGUUGAAGGAACUUUCAUUGAAACGCGUACGGUUAAAGAAGGUGUUGUACGAUAUUUUGGAAACAAGGAAAACUUUGGCAGGAUAAUUUCAUAUGAUGGAAAAUGCUAUACGUUCAAAAGAGUAGAUAUAAUUGGUUUCAAUCGAUAUUAUAAAACUCCUCAAAAUGUGAAAUUUGUCGUUUAUGAUUCAUACCCAAAUUGGGCGCAUGAAAUAGAGAUAAUGGGAAAUCCUUAUGUACAACUAUGCUAUUAUUGUUUAAAGAAUAAACAUUUAAAAAGGAAGUGUAUGCAAUUAGAGAUUGACUCUUAUAACUUUUACUAUCCCUUUAUACAAAUCUAACUUCAUAAAAAUUGAUAAUG